GUCUCUUUCCUUUCCACCAACUACAAAAACUUAUCAUCUUUAAUUUUCUCCUCGUCAAAGGCACCAGCAGGUUGAGCCUCGCAUUGCCCCGUUCUGUUUAUUAUUGUUCUCUUCGUUCAGUGUCUCAGCUCAUCAAGGUGGCCCGAGCGUCUGUUCGAUCGAUCGUACCUCUUCUGGCUUCAUUGGGUUGACCCCACUUCCAGAACUCUUCUCCCUCAUUUACACCUUCGCCCCUGGCGGCAGUCCCUCGCCUUUUACAUUACCACAACCUACACUCAUCCACCUUAUAUCCCACCCUUCCUGCUGCUCCAUGUUCUUUGCUCCAAUGACUCUUGUCCAGCUGUGCUCGGCUCUCAUCUUUAUGCUGCUCCCCGUUUCAGCCCAUAUCGCCUUGUGGGAUCCAGCCAUGUAUGGCUGGGAUGACGACCCCAACCAGUCUGGCCCUGUAACCCCUCUAAUGGAUCUUACCUUUGACCAAUGGUGGUUCCAUGGUUACAUCAACAGCCCUCCUGCUAACAACUCGAUUAUGGAACUGCCCGCCGGCGGGACAUACCAUGGUCAAGUCGCUUGUAACAAGGCUCUUACUUCCUAUGGCCAAGAUCCCGCUAAGCAGACAGGUAUAUACGCCUGUGAUGGUACAGGUCCUUCAGGUGGUAUCGGUGCUAUGCAUACCAGUGAUGCGUGGGAGAGCUCUGACCCCCAAGAUGUCAAAGGAUGCGCUAUCGGUAUUGCUUAUGAGAGUAAUGUCGCCAAGAUUCAACCAGAAAACUUCACGGUGAUCAGCGUCAACUACACUUGUCCUUGGAAGAAGCAAGUCGAAUUUCAGAUCCCGUCCGAUCUCCCUCCUUGUCCCAAGGGGGGUUGUCAUUGCAUGUGGGGUUGGGUACAUGCUGCUGAUGCUGGAUCUGAGCAGAACUAUUUCCUUGGCUACAGGUGUAACAUCACCGGUGCUACUGGGGUAAAACCUCUUCCUCAAGCCAACACUGCGAAUAAGUGUGACUAUCCCACGGACACGUCAAAUUGCACCUUGGGUGCGAAACAACCUCACUACUGGUUCCAGAAGGAAAGAAACAACAAUUUCCAAGACACUUACGAUCCCCCAUUCUACAAUGGGGCAUAUGGGUUCAUGAAUGGUGCUCAGACGGAUCUCUUUGAUGCGGUCAAUAAGAGCAAUCCGACCAACACAAAUGUCACGACUUCUUCAGGGAAUGUCAACGUAUCCGAAGCUCUGGGCUCUUCUGUGGCCGUUUCUUCCGCCACAGUCUCAGCCUCCGAGGGUCGGAGCUCGUUGGUCAUUUCUUCCCCUAUCGUCUCUUCUGUGUCAUCGUCUACAAACGUCAUGGCCACCACAUCCCUGACAUCACAGUCUGUUCCGUCAGCAACGACGUUUUCUGCGGACGUUGUUGCCGCUUUGCAGACCUCCAGUUCCCCUAGUGACUCUACAAGGUCUUCCUCAGCCAGCCAGACGUCUGCCCCAUCUUCCGCUGCUAAGACUUCCCAUGCCCUGGAUGGCACUGCCGAUCCUUCGACCACGCUUAAAACCACCUUGACCCGAACCAUCACCAUGUACCGAUCGUCGACAACAUCGACUACUUCAGCGAGUUCUUCGUCUGAUGCAAGUCCAUCCAAUUCGUCUUUCAUGGCCUCUACAUCUGUCAUUACGUCUGAGUCGAGUUCAGUGUCAAUCCCCAGUUCUAUUUCUGUUGCGAUCCUCUACAGUCCUCUUGUCUCCACCCUUUCACUUUCUACAUCCUCUUUGUCCUCAACUUUUACCGCUGCUGCGACAUCUCCAGCCACGACGGAAAUACCCCCUAUCGUGGCUGACGCAAACUUGUCCUCCACAAAAUCAAGUACUUGUAAGCGCAAGAGAUCUGGCAUUAGAAAGCAUGGGAUCAAGGAAGGCAGAAGAAAAGAGAGAGUUCUGGGCAGGGCAAUUGGCGGUGCGACCUGAUCAAGUGCCGGGCAAUGACAUUGAGCUUCGUUUUUCAGAGGUUCUAGGAACCCAAGCAUUUAAUCGGCAGCGCCGAGCCAUUUCGUCGUUAUAUCAUCCAAUGUAGUCAACUUGAUAAGAUCAGCAACAACCAACACGUGGUUCCUGGCCAGCUGUGAUUUUUCGUUAAUAGUCAUACAUGAUUAAACAAAAU